AUGUUCGAGAAAGUAGAUCCAGCUAUUCUUCCUUUUUCUUGGCGACAGCAAGCAGAGUUUUUCAAAGUGAUUGUCCCUCUUCCAAAUCCGAACCUAAAAUCAAAAGAUCUGAUAGUAGAUGUUUCUUCUAAACACAUACGGGCCGAGGUGAGAGGAGGGGACUUGUUCGUUGAUAUUGAUUUGGCAAUAGAAAUAAUCCCUACAGAUAAUGACUGGAGUAUCAAACGAGGACACAUUGUAUUUAAACUGACAAAACAGUCUCCGAUUGAUUUGAAGUUUUCAUUCAAUUCUCCUAUUCAAUUUUCAAACCAGGAGUGCACUGAAUUUAAAGAGCAACCUGCUCCUCUUCAACAUGAAACCAAGAGUGAUUACUUUAAACUUGUCAAAGACGAUAUUGUGAACAAUCAUUUGCAAUUUUUGGAAAUGUGUAGAGACUUUGAAAGAUCUCAAUACCCUGAUGAUAUGGACGAGCAAACAAGACAACAAAAGGCAGAAGAAAUAUAUAAUAGAGCAACAAAAGAAGAAGACAUUUCCGAGGUUUAUAAUCUGUACAAAGCAGCUGCUGAUUUAGGACAUGCACAAUCAAGAGAAUUAUUCGCGAAAUUAUGCCUUAUUGAAGAAGAUAAUGAUUUCGGAAUUGUCCCUUCUCCUCAACAGGCAUUUGAAUAUAUGAAAAAAGCUGCAAUAGAAAACGGUUCACAUACAGCGUUAUUUCAGCUUGGAAAUUAUUUCAUGAAAGGAAUAGGAACUGAAAAAAGCUAUGAAAAUGCUCUUAUAUGUUUUACUGAGCAUAGCAUCAAAGACGGCAACCCUACAUCCAUGUUUAAUAUUGGAGUUCUAUACCAUGAAGGAGGCUCUAUUGCAAACAUACCAUUCAACAAGGAUUAUAAGAAAGCAUUUGCAUGGUGGAAACUUGCAUUGAACCGUGGACAUGCUCUCUCUGCCUACAACAUUGGUAUACUAUUGAAAAGUGGAGAUGGUGUGGAUAAGAGCCUCGUGAAGGCAUUCCAGUACUUUAAGCUGGCCAAUUUCAUGAGUGAGAAGAUUCAAAUUCCAACGGAUGUCCUCAUUGCAAUUCAGGAACAGCAAUUCAAUGUAUUUAAGGGUGAUGAUGAACCUGUUGCCGAAGAAAGUCCGUCUCCAACUGAAAGCAACCACCUCGAUGAAGACGAACAACGAAAUGUUGACUUUCUGGAUGAAAAGCUCUACAAAAAAGAACAACCUGAGAAAAAUUUGUUGUCUGAAGAAGAAGAUGAGUAUGUAGAUGAAGUGUUAGACAUUACAAAAAUUGCUGGAAAUGCUCGAUCACCACCCACUACAAGUCAUGAGUUCGAUGAAAACGAAGAAGAAAUGGAAGCUAUAUUACGACAAUUGUCAGGAAAUGAAAACAAUGAAAAAUCAACGAAAAGUCAACAACAGACAACACAAACAACUAAAACCAAUGAUUCUACUGGAUCAGAACCAAGUGUUGGAUGGAAGAUAGCAGAAUAUGCUCUUACCUUUGGUGCCAUGAUCGGAAUUGGAUAUCUCAUGAAAAGGAGCACAGAAUUUCACUAA